AUGUCGUAUCCAGGCCGUCCACCGAUGAUGCAGGGCCUUCCGAUGGCCUACAUGCCGAUGGGCGCACCUACGACGCCCCUAAUGCCCGCAGUGAUGCCCAUACAACACAUGGUCCCCAUUCAGGUGUCCAGCGCGCCCCAAAUCAGGGCCUUCCCCAAACUCAACCCCAACAGGGAUCAACAGAAGCAAUUGCAGGGUCCGGCCGUUACGGUUUUCGUAGGUAACAUAACGGAAAGGGCUCCGGAUACGAUGAUCAGGCAAAUACUGGGCGCUUGCGGCCCCGUCAUCAGUUGGAAGAAGGUGAAGGCGUUCGGUUUUUGCGAACUGGCCGGACCCGACGCCGGCUUGAGGGCAGUAAGACUCUUACACGAUCUCAUGAUCGGCGAUAAGCGAUUAGUCGCGAAAGUCGAUGCUAAAACUAAAACGGUCUUAGACGAAUACAAAGCCGAGCGAAGGAAAAAGCAGAAGGGUUCGAUGUCGCCGUUGCAGGACGAGCCCGAAGAGGAGGAGCUCGAUGAAGAGACGCAAGUGAUGGACGUCGCCGCAAUGGAAAGGAUCAGGCAGAUAAUCAAGGAUCACGAGGAGGAAAUGAAAAAUUUCGAAUCGAAAAAAGAAGAGGAAGUAAUCGAAAAGUGGAACAAAGUUUUGGCCGAGGCCGAAGUGGAAGAGGAGAAAAGAGACUUGAUUACGAGGGAAAUCGGCAAAUUUCGCGAAAUAAUGAAAAAGCAAGAGGAAGAGAAGGAAGUGCGCAAGAAACGCGAGGAGAAAGUGAAGGAGAAGUCGCGGGAUCGCGACCGUUCGAUCACCCGCUCGCCGAGUCCGCAACGGAAGAAGGACGACAGCAGGAACAAGAGACGGAGAUUGUCCAGAUCUAGGUCGCACGAGAAGAGCUGGGAGCGCGACAGAAACGAGCGAGACAGAGGCGAGCGAGACAGAGGCGAGCGAGACAGGGGCGAGCGCGACAGAGAGCAACGCGAACGGGACAGGGAGCAGCGCGAGCGCGAACGAGAGAAGGAGAAGGAGCGCGAGCGGGAGCGAGAGAGAGAACGGGCCGAGCGCGAGCGCGAGAGAGAACGCGAACGGGACAGGGACAGGGAGAGGGAGCGCGAACGCGAGCGGGACAAGGAUCGAGACAGGGAGGAGCGCCGGAACGGGCGCGACCUCCUCAAGGAGAAGGAAAUGGAGGAGGAGGCCAAGGAGAAGAAGAAGGCCGAGAGACGGGCCAGGGAGAAGGAGGCCGCCUAUCAGGAGAGGCUCAGGGCGUGGGAGACGAGAGAGAGGCGCAAAGCGAAGGAGUACGAGAAAGAACGGGAAAAGGAGCGUAUAAAGGAGGAGGAACGGGAGCGCGAGGCCAAAGAAUUGAAGGAAUUUUUGGAAGAUUACGACGACGAACGGGACGAUAUCAAAUAUUACAAGGGUAGGGAAUUACAGAAAAGGGUGACCGAGCGAUUGAAAGAGGCCGAAACGGACAAUCGCGAUCGAUUGAAGGAGAAAGAGGAGAUAGAAGAAUUGAAGAAUAGGAUAUUCGCCGGUGAGCACGAGGAUCCCAACGCGGAAUUCGAAAAAGCCAAAAAAGAACGCGAAGAACUUUACAAACCGAAACUGCUGAUCGACGUCAACCUCGAGCAUUGGAAGCAAAAGGAGAGGGAGAAAGAACGCGAAAUGGAGAGGCAGAAAGCGCGCGAACGCGAGCGAAUGAGAGAAAUGGAUAGAGAGAGGGAUCGACAACGAAAACGCGAGGAAAGGGAAAAAUACGUAAUGGAGCAAGCCGCCCAAGAGCUGGCCGCCGUCAAAGCGGAGCCCAUAGACAGCGACAGCGACAUCGAAGCCGAGAGCGGUCGCUACAGCCCGGCGCCGCCGGAGCCCGUCGAGCCCGACGACGACGAUUCGUCGUCGGCGGCGGCCCAAUGGACGCAGGUGCGGGCGCCCGACGACGAUUCCGACCAUUCGCUGGCGUCGAACGGCGACGAGCGCGGCCAAGCGACGGCGGCGCCGCCGCCGCCUGCCGGCACCGGCAUGAAGAUCACCUUGGCCAAGCCGAUUACGUUGCAAUCGCCUACGGGCGAUACCAAACGGAGGCGGUCCGAUCUGAGGGAGGUGUUCAAUCCGGACGAGGACGAUAGUAGUACGCAGAUUAAGAAACGGAAAUUAGUGCCGUUAGACUAUAACGAAGAUAAGAAAACGAAAAAGGACGGCAAAGAGAACGGCGAAAAGAAGCCGGACGAUUCGAAAUCGCAGGAGGAGAAGCGCAAAAACAUAAAAUCGUUGAUCGAGAAAAUACCGACGGACAAAGAGGCGCUGUUCGACUACAAUUUAGAUUGGAGCGCCAUCGACAACGUGUUGAUGGAGAAGAAGAUUCGACCGUGGAUCAACAAGAAGAUCAUCGAGUACAUUGGGGAGCCCGAACCGACGCUCGUCGAUUUUAUCUGUUCCAAAGUAUUGGCGGGAUCCCAGCCCCAGAUUAUCCUCGAGGACGUUCAAAUGGUGUUGGACGAAGAGGCCGAAGUGUUUGUGGUGAAAAUGUGGAGGUUGCUGAUUUACGAAGUGGAAGCGAAAAAAUUAGGUUUAGGCAAAUAA